AACAGCUGUUCGCAAUCAGCUGUUAAUAGUGAACGCGAAUAACAGAAUCGUAAUCAAACAGAAAAAUUAAAUGAAUUAUAGUAAUUAUAAAUUAUAAAAUACACUCAAAUAAAUAUUACAAAAAAUGUCAAAAUGUCGAAAUUGCCAAAAGCUGCCCUUAGUUUAAAACAGUUCAUGCUUCGCCAGGAGGUGCUGAAGCUGUACAGAGAAAUUUGGAGGACAACACGCCUGGUGCCGGAUCAGCAUAGCCGACGAGAGCUCAGGGAAUGGGCUCGUCAUGACUUCAAAGCCAAUCGCAAUCAGAAUGACGAGGUGGCCAUCAAGAUGCUGAUGCAGAGUGCGAGACGCAGCUUGACGGAGCUUCAGACCAGUCUACAGUUAAGUGGCACGAACGUUAACGACAUUUAAACACAAUAAUAAAUAAAUAAAGCUUAAAGAGAAAGACCUUUGAGGUGCUACAGCAAAGUCUGUGUCUAAGUG